AACCCAAAACCCCAAUUUCUUUCAUUAAACCCUAAAAUGUUCUCAAGUUCGCCGUCUUCUUCGACUUUUGCCUCUAAACCCUCGAACUUCCUUUUCGAACCAUCAUUGCUCAUGGCUGUGGCGAUUCCAGCAGCUGCACCUUCCACAGCUGUCGAUAGGGUUAGCCCCAAUACAGUGCAACAAGCUGUGGAUGCUAUCGUGAAAUGGAGGAAUUCUAAGUCCGAGGUCGAGAAACCCAAGCUAUUUGACCUAGACGAUGAAUUCGUCUACCUCGUCCUCACCCUGAAUAAACUUCCUCCGAAGUCUCGCGUCAAUGCCCACAAGAUCCCACUUCCGCAUUCCCUCCUCUCCGAAUUCUCUGAGCACUGUUUGAUCAUUGAUGAUAGACCCAAGUCGAAUCUCACCAAAGAGGACGCGCAGAAGAAGAUCAAAUCGGAGAAUAUUCCAGUUUCCAAAGUUCUUAAGCUUUCGAAGCUUCAGUCUAAUUAUCGUCCCUUCGAGGCUAAGCGGAAGCUCUGUGGCUCUUACCACAUGUUUUUCGCAGAUAAAGGGGUGAUUCCUCUGCUGCCACGGCUAUUGGGUAAGCAUUUCUUUAAGAAGAAGAAGAUCCCUGUGCCGGUGGAUUUGAAGCAUAAAAAUUGGAAGGAGCAGAUUGAGAGGGCAUGCUCGUCGGGGUUGUUGUUCCUCAGGACAGGUACGUGUAGUGUGAUGAGAGUUGCCAAAAUGUCAAUGGAAAGGGACGAGAUCGUUGCCAAUGUGACUGCUGCAAUCAAUGGGAUCGUGGAGCUCAUGCCCAAAGGGUGGGGGACCAUACGGUCGUUUCAUUUGAAACUGACGGGUUCGGUUGCAUUGCCGCUUUAUCAGGCAAUCCCUGAUAUGAAAUUGAAGAUCGAAGGAGCUGAGACCAAAGAGGAAGCCAAGGAAGAGGAUGGAGAUAUUGUGAAAAAAGAGCCUAAGAAGGAUCUUAAAGUUGGUAAGAAGAAGGGGAGGAUUCAUGAAGUUCGGUACAUGGAUGAUAAUAUAGGUCAUGAACUUAGUCAAGAUGAGUCAGGUGGUGAGGACGAUGGGGGUGUUAAAGAAGAAGAUGAGAAUGAUGAAAUGAAUAUUGAACCGCUAGUGCAUAAGAAGAAAAGGAAAGGAUCAAAAACUGACAAAGGGGUUCACAGUGAGCUGCAUAGUGAGAAAAAAUUGAAGAAGUCAGCCAAGGACAAGGGUGAAAGUAAGAAAGACGGGUUGUCUUCUAAGAGAAAGAAGGAAAAUGAUUUACCUGCUAAGGAUGAAGUUUCUGGCAAGAAGAAGAAGAAGGGAAGUGGAGAAGUGAAAGUAAAAGCUAAGAAAAUUAAGAAGGCUGCUUAAGCCGAGUAAAGAAGUGUCUUUGGUUAUAGAUUAUCCUGCUUGAUGGACAUUCGUGUAAUGUUGUACGGUUUUUAUUCUUGUGUCCUUCAGCAGAUUUUGUUUCAAGUAUACCAUUAUGGAACUCUUUUUGUUACCCUUCUUACUCGUUAGCUGUUAUAAAAUUUAUUUACAUUGCUUAUGAUUAA